AUGGUCUACUUCAGACUCCUACACAUAGCGCCGAAAAUUCUGAAGGAAAAAGACUUGCGAAAUAUAGAAUACCUAAUGUCUGCCCUCACCAGUCUCAAGAGCGACCUUUCCAGGUCCAGCUUAGGUAGAACAAUGGCUGGAGAGCCGACUGCUUCCCGCGAAGAAGUCGAAAUUUGCAAUCUCAUCCUCAACUCCGACCAACUGUCCUCUUUCGAUCGUACCUAUCUUUCCUCCCUUGGUUUGUUCCAAAGAGAAAACGAAUACAACGUAACAUAA